CUCCCAGAAAGGCUGUUUCAUGAAGACGGACAUGAGAAGUGGCUUCAGAUUCAUUUCACGGUCUCGGUGGUGGUGCAGCCGCUUCGCUUAAUGCUCCAGCUUGGAGAGAAUCCGAAAAGAAAGAGAGGCUGGAAAGAAAAAUCCACUCUGGGGCAGGUCCCAACAACUCCUCUCCGGCGCAAAUUUCCUCGGAUCAGCCAGCAGCUUCCCAGAAAUGACAACUUGGUGAAGUCACCUGUGUUUCCAGGCCCUGGGGUGCGACAGGCUUCGGCACUUGAGCCAGGAGGUUGGGGGUGUGGAUUGGAGAUGGACCGCUUGUGAUCCAGCCUCCACUGCAGUGUUGCAUUUCCUGGCUGAAGUUUCUAUUCUCCGUGGGGUGCCUGCAUCCAUGUACACGUGCUGUACCUGCCUCCCACGGUGAAGACGUUGGAAACGGCACGGCCCGGCACACGGAGCACUGGUCCUCUGUUCACCAUGGCCAACAGGUCGUGCUGCCUCAUCCAGGGGUACCAUAUGCCCGAGGUGAUGCCGCCACUGCUAAUCCUCGCCUUUGUGCUUGGCAUCCUGGGCAACGGCGUCGCCCUCUGUGGUUUCUGCUUUCACAUGAAGACCUGGAAGCCGAGCACCAUUUACCUGUUCAACUUGGCCAUGGCCGACUUCCUUCUGAUGAUCUGCCUGCCCUUUCGGACAGACUACUACCUCAGACAGAGGCAAUGGGCGUUUGAGGAUAUUGCUUGUCGAGUGGCGCUCUUCAUGCUGGCCAUGAACAGGGCCGGAAGCAUUGUCUUCCUCACAGUGGUGGCUGUGGACCGGUAUUUUAAAGUGGUCCACCCCCACCAUAUGAUAAACACCAUCUCCAACUGGACUGCAGUUGGCAUCGUCUGUGCCCUUUGGACCCUGGUCAUCCUGGGGACUCUGUAUCUUCUGAUGGAGAAUCAUCUGUGUGUGCAAGAGAAGGUCAUAGCUUGUGAGAGCUUCAUCAUGGUGUCGGCUAACGGCUGGCAUGAUGUCAUGUUCCAGCUGGAGUUCUUUCUGCCCCUUGGCAUCAUCUUGUUCUGCUCCUUCAAGAUCAUUUGGAGCCUCAAGCAGAGGCAGCAUCUGGCCAGGCAGAGUCGGAUGAAGAAGCCUAUUCGUUUCAUCAUGAUGGUGGCGGUGGUGUUUAUUGCCUGCUACCUGCCCAGUGCGUUGGCCAGACUGUAUUUCCUCUGGACAGUGCCUUCCAGCGCCUGCAAUCCAUCCGUCCAUGUGGCCCUCCACGUCACCCUCAGCUUCACCUACAUAAACAGCAUGCUGGAUCCCCUGGUGUAUUAUUUUUCAAGUCCCUCAUACCCCAAAUUCUACACCAAACUCAAAAUCUGCACUUUGAGACCUAGGUGUCCAGGAUGCUUCAAGAGGCCAGAGGGGAUGCCCACUUCCAACCUUUGUUGCAACAGUUGCAUCAGUGUGGCAAAUAGCUUCCAAAGCCAGUCUGAGGUGCAGUGAGAUCUUCAAAUGUGACAGAUGGCACCAGGACAGACAGACACACAAAAUCAAGGAGGCUGGAUUGGUGACUUAGAAAUACUCCAUGCUGAGGGGUGGGGAGCCUUGAAAAUGCCAUUCUUUCUUAACUGUACCCUCCUCACUCUGUUGGAUACAAAAUUCGGAUCACUAUGCCUUUUUGGAAGGUUCCACUUGAGAAGUGAGUCAGUUGCAUUUAUAUAAUGUGAUUCUAAUGACAGAGGGGUGUGUGUGUGUGUGUGUGUGUGUGUGUGUGUAUGUGUGUGUGUUGGGAAGAGCUUGGCCCCUGAGUAAUUUUAAAUGGCUCAGGUAAUAUGUACUAAUGUUUAAAUCUGUCAUUCUGUCAUGUUCUCUCCCUGGGGGAGUCAGCGAAUUUAAUGACCCAUCCUCUGAUCUUAUAUCCUUACUUUUCUUGGAAAAUAGAAACUGGGGUAAGUCAAUAUUUUUAUUUCAGGCAGAGGGAGGCUCUUUAGAGUGGGAUGUCUUGACCCCAAAGAUUUUCAUAUUCCCAGGGCCCCUCUCUACUUUUCUGACUACUCAGGAGCCCAAGAAGAAUGACAGCAAAAACAAUAUGCUGCCACCUUUUCGGAGCUCCACGUUUUUCUGCAAGUAUUUGCAUUUCAAAGAAGGUACUCAAGGAUAUGUUUAUUUGUCCUGAUUUUUCCAGUGGAAGCUGAGCACUUGAAAAAGUCCUAUUAACCUUUGGCAAGUGCUAAGUCCAGCAAAAUUGCUUGUAAUGUGACUAUGAGUUUAAAUUAUUCAAACAUUUGUUUUCUACGUAUUUACUGAAUUAAUGUUCUGUGCCAGGUACUUUGCUAGUGUCCCUUUGACCCGGAGGGUCCUUAGUUAACUUGUGUGUUUGGCUGGGGAGGGGGCAAACAGAGAAGUUAAUGACCUUCACCAUUAUGAUGACUAUAGUUUCUAGACCUGUUCUCUACAGACACUGGUGUUUUCCUUUUAUUGUAGGAUUCUGUACAAACACCAAAGAGUGGAAAAGGCAGUAGGCCUUGUGUACAUGAAUUUUCAAAUAUGCCCAUGGGGUCCUCAGAAUGAGAUGAUUGUGUGAAAUGACAUGCUGCUUCUGCCCUGGAUUAGGGGGAGAGAUGCCAAACCGAUCUUAGCUCCGUUCUCAAGUCACAAAGCAGUGAAAGUGUUCUUGGCUCCUCUCUUUACACGUUCUCAAAUUCCCAGGGGAUUCUCUGCAAUUAAGACCCUUGCAUGCGUGCUAAGUCGCUCCAGUCAUGUCCGACUCUUUGUGACCCUGUGGACUGUAACUCACCUGGCUUCUCUGUCCAUGGGGAUUCUCUAGGCAAGAAUACUGGAGUGGGCUACCAUGCCCUCCUCCAGGAGAUCUUCCUGACCCAGGGAUCGAACCUGUACCUCCUGUGGCUUGUGCAUUGCAGGCAGAUUCUUUCCCGCUGGGGAAGCCCAUUAAGACCCUUAAUCUGCAACUAAUACCAGUGUUGCAUUCUUUGGCCUCA